CGGGGUAUCCCCGGCCCUCCUAUAGGGCCUCGCCCCUGGAGGGAACUACCGGGCGGAAAUGGCGGGGCCGCCUUGGCGGCUUCCGUGAGGGAAGGCGGCAGAGGCGAACAUGGAUCGGUUCGUGGUACGCUGCCCCCGCGGCCCGCAGAGCCCCCGCCGGGCCGCGCCCGAACCCCGCGUCUGCCGGCAGGUCACCCUCGAGUCUCUCAAGAGAGUUGUGGUUGUGGAAGACAUAAAACGAUGGAAGUCUAUACUUGAGCUUCCUGGGCAACCAAAAGAGAACCUGAUGGAAGCUUUGGAGGAGCUGAAGAAGAAGAUACCUUCCAAGGAAGUGUUACUUUCCACUAAAAUAGGUCACACGGUGAACAAGAUGCGCAAACACCCCGAGCCAGAGGUGUCCAGCCUGGCCAAGGACAUCUUCAGGGAGUGGAGGAGCUUCAUCAGGGAGCACUCCAACAGGCCCUCCAUCGAGGUCAGGAGUGACCCCAGGACCGAGGCGUUCAGGAAGAACGCUCGGAAGCUGCUCAGUGAAGCCCUGGAAUUAGAGAUUGAUCACCCACUGGCUGAAAAUAUUGAGCGCGAAGCUUUUCAUCUCUGCUCCCGCCUCAUUAGCGCUCCGUAUCGCCGGGCCGUGCGAGCCCUUGUCUUCUCAUUAAAGCACAAACCCCAGACCCGAGCAGCAGUCAAGGAUGGCACGCUCCCUGUCCCUGCCUUUGUGCAGAGCCAUAAAAAGUGAGGAGUUGUGCUUGAUCCCGAGGGAGAACUUGCUGUGCCUGCAUCUCCAUGGAACUGGGAGCCUUCCCUGCGGUGAGGGCUGACUGGGUGACUCCCUGGCAGCGCUCCACCAACAGGGCUGCUGGAAGGAAGAACCAAUGAUGGAAUGGGUGCUGUAACUCUGACUUGCUGGAAAUCCAUGUGGGCUUGUUGUAAGGAAAGUUUCUUCCACUCUUCUGUGUAUUUUCCAUCCUUGCUGACUCACCUGUUUCUCUCUUGUGCCCGUUUGUUGUACUCAGUUUAGCUCGAUCCCUGGUGUGGAUCUUCAGGUGUAUUCAGCUGAAUAACCCUUUUAAAGGAGCAGCUCUGUGCUGUGCUGGCUGGAAAUACUGGUAAUUAUGGGUAAUUGGUCCAUGGGAGGGGAUUCCUGGGGGAUAAUUGCAAACUCUAGUUUGCCCUAAAUCAGCCAUGUCUGCUGCAGCUGGGCCCGGCCUGUGGCAAGAGCUGUUUUGCCAAGGUGAUUUCCCCUUGCUGCAAGGGGAAAUCACAUUCCAGAGCUGGAUGUAAAAUGAAUUUCAGUACUUCCAUCCUCUCAGUCAUUCUGUGAUUUGGGGCACUUUCUAAAGCCCCAGGGUAAAGGUGCUGUUUAAUGCCUCUGCUGCUCAAGGAGCAGCUCGUUCAGCCUUCCAAACCUCACUCAUGAUGUAAACAUGGUGAUUGUUUUUACUGUAAUGUGAAAAAAAACUUGCCAUGAAUUAUCUAAAUAAAACCAAAUACUCCUUUUAAA